GGCGCUGGCGUCCCGUCACGGCGCGGCGGCCGCGGCCUUCCGGCGAGCUCAGAGCGCGCUUCCGGCGGGGCCUGCGGGGCGGCGCGCGGCGGGGCGGCGGCGAUGCGCAUCGAGAAGUGCUACUUCUGCUCCGGGCCCAUCUACCCGGGGCACGGCGUCAUGUUCGUGCGCAACGACUGCAAGAUAUUUAGAUUCUGCAAAUCAAAAUGUCACAAAAACUUCAAAAAGAAGCGGAAUCCAAGAAAGAUCAGAUGGACCAAAGCAUUCCGGAAAGCAGCUGGCAAAGAAUUGACAGUGGAUAAUUCAUUUGAAUUUGAAAAACGUAGAAAUGAGCCAGUGAAAUACCAGAGAGAGUUGUGGAACAAGACUGUUGAUGCAAUGAAGAGAGUGGAGGAAAUCAAGCAAAAACGCCAAGCUAGAUUUAUUAUGAACAGAUUAAAGAAGAGCAAAGAAUUGCAGAAGGCAGAAGAUAUCAAAGAAGUCAAACAGAAUAUCCACCUUCUUCGUGCUCCACAUGCAGGCAAACCAAAACAGCUGGAAGAGAAAAUGGUGCAGAAGCUACAAGAGGAUGUGGAUAUGGAAGAAGUCUCUUAAAAUGCUUCCAUCUUUUAUUGUCAUCUCUUCAGCAGUUAACAAUUGCUUACUGCUUCACCUGGCAUCGUUCAGAGCUAUGCUUACAGUUGAAGAAAAAUACAUUUUAAUAAACAGUGGCUGUUACAGUUUGAAUGAUUUUUAUUGUUAUAAAAAAAAUAAUAUGAAUAAUGGUUUGGGCAGUACUUCGGUUAUCUAAGUGGAGAAAACCUUGUCAGCAGGAUGAAAAAUAAAACAUAUUAUUUGA